GGCCAAAUUCCAGGCCCAAAUUGGUCCUCUUCCAUUUCGUGUUGUUUCUAACUGUCUGAGCGGCUAUGGUGGGUUUUGACUUGUCUAGGGUUUUGUGGAAAAUAUAAACUGAGUUUCAGAGAAUCAAAAGUUGAAGAAGAAACCCUAAACACAAGAAGAAAAAGAAUCAAGGAGAGAAAAUAAUGAUAUCAGCUAUUUGUUGGGUCCCGAAAGGGGCUUCUAAGUCGGUCCCCGAAGAGGUUGAACCGCCAUCGAAGGAGGAAGUUGAAGAGAUGAUGAGGAGCGGAGAAUUUCCUUCGAAGGAAGAAAUUGAAGAGAUGAUGAAGAGUGGAGAAUUCGAGGCUCGUGGAGACAGUGCCAGUGAGGAUGAAGAUGGAGACAUGGAUGUUGAUUCGUCCAAGCAGCCUGAUGAAGUGGCUCGUGCAUUAGCUGCUGCCGAUGCGGUUGGCAGAACUCCGGGGACGAAAUUUGAUGACAUAGCGGACGGUUUGAGGGAGCUUGACAUGGACAACUAUGAUGAAGAGGAUGAUGGUAUUGAGCUAUUCAGCUCUGGGAUAGGGAAUACGUACUAUCUGAGUAAUGACUUGGACCCAUAUCUGAAGGAUGAGGAUGAUGAUGCUUCUGAAGAACUCGAGGACAGGACCAUCAAACCAACUGAUUCUGUCAUAGUUUGCGCACGUAAUGAUGAUGAUUUCUGUCAUCUCGAGGUCUAUGUGUUUGAGGAACUUGAGGACGGUGACUCAAACUUGUAUGUCCAUAAUGAUAUUGUUCUUCCGGCAUUUCCACUGUGCACGGCAUGGCUUGAUUGUCCAGUAAAAGGUGGAGGAAAAGGGAAUUUCAUGGCUGUUGGCUCAAUGGAACCUUCAAUUGAAGUGUUCGACCUUGAUGUUCUUGGAGAAGUAAAGCCAUGUGCAGUAUUAGGCGGCGUUGCUGAGAACUCUAUAGCUGAGGAUGGUAUUACUGUGGAGAAGAAGAAAAAGAAGAAGAAGAAAGGAAAGAAGGCAUCAAUUGAAUACAAAGCAGGCAGUCACACUGAUUCAAUACUAGGCCUUGCUUGGAACAAGGAGUUCAGGUCUGUUAAAUGCUUCCUAUUUUGUUUUUCAAAUACGUUCUUGAAUGGACAUUUUAAAUUGGCUUUGAUCCUUUGCUGGAACAAUUUUUACAGGAAUAUCCUUGCCAGUGCAAGUGCUGACAAACAAGUUAAAAUUUGGGAUGUGGCUGUUGGAAGAUGUGAUAUCACUAUGGAGCACCAUACAGACAAGGUUCAAGCAGUUGCCUGGAAUCAUCAUGCGCCACAAGUUCUUCUUAGUGGUUCUUUUGACCAUUCCAUAGUCAUGAAGGAUGGAAGGGUACCAACUCAUUCUGGCUUUCGGUGGUCAGUCACAGCUGAUGUUGAAAGCUUGGUGUGGGAUCCUCACACAGAGCACUCUUUUGUGGUAAGUCUUGAAGAUGGUACAGUCAGAGGUUUUGAUAUCCGGUCAGCAACAUCUAAUCCAUCAGCAGAGUCGAAGCCCAGUUUUACCCUCCAUGCUCAUGACCAAGCUGUUUGCACAGUCUCAUACAAUCCCUUAGCACCUAAUCUUCUUGCUACUGGAUCCACGGAUAAAAUGGUAAAACUCUGGGAUUUGUCAGAUAAUCAACCUUCAUGCAUUGCAUCCACAAAUCCUAAAGCAGGAGGUGUUUUUUCUAUUGCCUUCUCAGAGAACAGCCCCUUUAUGCUGGCAAUUGGAGGUUCUAAGGGGAAAUUACAAGUAUGGGAUACACUAUCAGAUACUGCAGUCUCGAGAAAAUUUGGAAAAUACAGCCGAGAGAAGAGACCUCCUGCGUCAUGAUUUGAUUUGUUUGUUAGAUGGAAGAGUAAGCCAUACGAGGAAUGAGUAUUACUUAUAUGGGAUGAAUUUGAGGUGUUGUCAUUUACCAACAUGGCAUAGUGGUUGAUCUAGGUACCAAACCAGUUUUCCACCAUCUUAUAUCCUUCAAUUUCUGUGAAUUUCUUAUGAUUUAAUUAUUUUUUUUUUUAAAGUUGCGAUGGUGUGUGUGGUUUAGUCUGCUUGAGGGCUAUGACUGUGGAGAAGUAAGCCCAAGUCUGAGUUGUAUGUUUCGGCUUGAUCUUUGAUCUUUUAAUUGGUGAAAGUAAUUCUAUUUUUUGCGAUUUACCAACGUAUAUGAGAUCUGUAUUUUGCUCUAAAAAUGUUUAUUAUUUAGUA